AUGAACUCACAUCCAAUCGUCGUAGACGACACUAUAAGAUCCAGGGAAAACGUCAUGACGCCACAGUCUUUAUCGGAGUCGUCACCUUCUUCUAACAGAAUGACAUCUCCUUAUUCAGAUAAUGGGAGGAGCUUAAGCCCUUCACCACCCAAUGACAGCCCGUCUAACAACAUGGACCAUGUCAAACGACCAAUGAACGCCUUCAUGGUUUGGUCACGUGGCCAAAGAAGAAAAAUGGCUCAAGAAAACCCUAAAAUGCACAAUUCUGAAAUUAGUAAAAGACUGGGAGCUGAAUGGAAGCUGCUAACGGAGGAAGAGAAGCGGCCUUUUAUAGAUGAAGCUAAGAGGCUUCGGGCGCUGCACAUGAAAGAGCAUCCUGACUACAAAUACAGGCCAAGACGCAAACCCAAGUCUUUGAUGAAGAAAGACAAGUACUCCUUCCCACUACACCCCAUGCUACCGGGGAUGAACGGAUCCGCUCUGGGCUCUAUGGCACACUCAUUUGCUUCGUUGGCGGCAUCUCAUCACCAGUCAGAGCUACUCGCAGCAUCGACAUCCUCUUCAUUCGACAAAGCUCGAUCACACUUCCUUCCACCAACAUCCACAUACGGACUCUACCCUCAUUUCGAGGCAGCAGCCGCUGCAGCAGCCGUGGCCAACGCUAAAUUAGACUCCGCCACAUCUUUAUCCUCCCUCUCGGCUCUGCGGCACUCAGAGAGCUUGGCUCACUCCUUCUACUCGCCGUACCUCACCGGGCACCAUCACCCGUCGCUCUCAGCGCUCCCGCCUACUGCUCACGCUCACGCAGCUGCGGCCGCAGCCGGACUGGGUCAGUAUUUGGUCCCUUAUAUGUCCCCCACAUACAUGUCAUCAGCUUCUGACGUUCACAGACCUCUGGCCUACGUCUUGGUAAAACCAGAAGACCACUUCAGGCACCCUACCGUUUUGUGA